AUGGAGUUCCAUUAUGAAUCCAUGUUUUCAAAUAAUAAAGACACUGAAGACAAUAACAAUAGCAACAACAAUAAUAAUAACAGCAGCAACAAUAAUUCCACCAAUAGCGAUUUUUCACUCCCAAGCUUUUCCACAGGAUUUUGGGGAUCUUUUUCAUCCAUAGUUGAUACAGUCAAACAAAAGUCUGUUUCCUUAAAAAAAAAAAAAAAAAAAAAAAAAAAAAAUUUUAAAAGUUCAGAGGAUAUUAUAAAUGUUUAUAAAGAAGAUUUCCAAGAAUUUGGAUCUAAUUUAACUAUAAAUAGCGAACAACAACAACAAAACAAUGAUGAAAAAAAGAUAACAAUUGUAGAAGAUGGUUCAGAUGUUGAGGAAGAUAAGCAUGAUUCAGUUAUAGGUUUAUUUAGUUCACCAAUUCUUUCAAAUAUUUCAAAAGUAAAGAGUAAAAUUUCAAGUGGUAUUUCAAAUUUUAUUACCGAAUAUCCAACUGCAAAUUCCUCUGAAAUUAAUAAUAACAAUAAUAAUAAUAAUAAUAAUAAUAAUAAUAAUAAUAAUAAUAAUAAUUAUAAUAAUAAUAAUAAUAAUAAUAACAACAACAACAAUAUUAAAAAUGGUGUUGGUAAUGAUAGCAAUGACAGUAGCGACGAUGAGGAAGAUAAUGAUGAUCUUUCACUUCAACCGUCAUUAAUUGGUGAUUCUUUCGAUUAUAUCCCAUCCGCAAUAACAACAAAUACAACUAAAAAUAAGAAGAGAACAACAACAACAACAACAACAACUAAUACCUCAACAGCAACAAUAACAACAACAACAACAUCACCAACAUUCUCUCUUAAUGACACUAUUAAUAAUAGUGAUAAAUUUGAAAAAUCUGAAAUUGAAUUUUACUUGAAUGAUCCAAUAAAUCCAAAAUACAAUGAAUUUAAGAAAUCAUUUGUCAUUUCAAAAAAUCAAUCCAAAAUAGUUUCAUUACUUACAAAUAUAAAUAACACUACCACCAACCCAAACAAUAACAAUGUAAAUAAGGUAAGAAGUUAUUACAAUCAUUUAGUACCAAGCAAAGUAAAUGAAAUUGAUUUUUGGUGUAGAUACUUUUUUAAUCAAGAAUUAAAAAAUCAAUAUCAUAAAUUGUUAUCAAAUACUCAAGAUGACGAAGAUGAGGUAAAUUGGGAUGAUGAUGAUGAAAAUAAUAAUGAAAAUAAUAAUGAAAAUAAAGAUGAAAAUGAAAUUAAAGAUGAAAAUGAAAAUAAAGAUGAAAAUAAUAGUAAGAAUGUUGAUGAAAUUAAAGAUGAAAACAUAGAAAAAGUGGGAGAGGAUAAGAAAGAAUUGGUUGGUGAUAAUAAAGAUGAAAAAAUAGAAAAUGUUACACAAGAGAUUCAACAAACUUUAAAAAUAUCAGAAGGAAUUAAUCACCCACUUUCGCCCAAAGCUACUGAAACUAUCAUUGAAACACCUGUAAAUAAUGUAAAUAAUAAUAAUAAUAAUAAUAAUAAUAAUAAUAAUAAUAAUAAUAAUAAUAAUAAUAAUAAUAAUAAUAACAAUAACAAUAAUAAUAAAAAUAUCAAUCCAUUGGAAGAACAAAAUAGAUUUAUACAACAACAACAAAUACAAAUGCAAAUGCAACAAAAUCAAAAUUUAAGAAGGAAAGUUGGUUCAAUGGGUGAACUUAAUGAUUGGGAAGUCAUUGAUAAAAGAUCUUCUUCUGAAGAUAAUGAAGAAAAUGAUGAAUGGGGCGCUUGGGAAUAA